AUGAAGCUCUGCAAGUCUGCCGCGGCUUUGCUUUCGCUAGCUUCCGGCAUCGUCGCAACAAACACAACAUGCAGACCCAAGAUUGACUCCGAAAAGCUUCAGGCGGACCUUACGACCGAAAACCUUAUGGCCAAUCUAAAGGCCCUCAAUGAGAUUGCAUUUGUCAAUGGGGGAAACAGAGCUUUCGGCCUAUCUGGUUAUGCUGCAUCGGUUGACUACGUCUGGAAUCGCGUUUCAAACAUCUCUGGUACCAAGGCUUGGAAACAAGAUUUUCCCGCCACUUUCGGCCAGGUCAUCUCGAUCGACUUCAAUAUUGAAGGGGAGUCUAUCUAUGUCUUCGGCUUAACCUACUCCCCCUCCACAAGUGAAGAGGGUAUCACCGCUGAGGUGAUUCUGGGUCCCGAGGGAGCCGCUGGUUGCGACGCCGCCAACUACAAGGGUCUGAAUGUCCAAGACAAGAUUGUGCUUGUGCAGCGUUAUCGAUGCCCAACUGGAGGUACUCUUGCGGGCAGAGUCCGACCUGCGGCGGCAGCUGGUGCUGCCGCUGUCAUUGUAUAUCAUGAUGUGACGACUAAUGCCACGGCGGGCUCACUCAGCGCCCCUGAUCCGGAGGGGUUCGUUCCCGCUGGCUUCAUCAACCUUGCAGAUGGUCUGAGGAUCAAGGAGCGCAUCGAUACAGGCGAAACCAUCGUGGCUCACUUCCAGCAGACUCAGAUUGUCGAGGAGCGCAUCACGCAAAACGUUCUUGUCGAGACUGAGGAGGGUGACCCGCACAAUGUCAUUAUGCUGGGUGCCCACUUGGACAGUGUCCAAGCUGGACCUGGUAUUAACGACGACGGAUCUGGGACCAGCCUACUUAUCGAGCUUUUCCUUGCCCUAACCAAAUAUCGAACUAAGAACCAGGUCCGGUUCGCGUGGUGGGGCGCCGAGGAGAAUGGUCUGCUCGGAUCCAAGUAUUAUUGUUCCAACCUCCCCACGUACGAUGUCGACAACUUGCUCGUUUACCUCAACUUCGAUAUGGUAGCCAAGGGCUUCUUCGGUGUUGCCGAUACUGAUGGAAGUACUCACGGAACCGCUGGACCUGCAGGAUCUGACGUUGUUGAGCAUAUUUACGAGGCCUAUUUCGAGAGCCAGGGUCUCGAAGUUACUCCCGCUGUUCUUACAAAUGGAAGUGACUAUGCCUCAUUCUGGAAAAUCCUCCAUAAGCCUUUCGGUUUCCUGCACACCGGCACAGCCGUUGCUCAAGAUCCUUGCUACCACCAAGCUUGUGACACCAUCGAUAAUCCCGACCCUAACACUAUUACUGUCAACGCAAGGGCUGCUGCUCACAUGUUGACUGCUUUAUCGCUAAACGGAACAGAGCUCAUUCCGAAGACUCCUGCCAACGCCACUAUGUUGAUGCACCUGCAAUCAAGAGGUCUUGAGAAUGACAUUAUACACAUUGAGGAGCUUGAAGCUCUCGGGGAGAGGCACCUUGGCUGCGGCCACGACAUUUAA